UGUCAGAAGGCCCGGCCCCCUCUUUUAGGACCACCUUGAAAAGUGCUGAGUGAUGCUGAAAGCUCAUUACAAGACUUUUGGAGGUGGAGGGGGGAAGCUGGACCAAAACUUCCCACUAGCACAGAGCCAGAUCAGUGUGUCACCACUGCAGAGACUGAGCAGGAAAAUACUACAGGAAAGUUAUCCUUCAUUUGACACUGGGACUGCAGAGGAUAUGUCUUUCCACAGCACCUGCUGGGUCCAUAGAAUUCUGCAAUGUUCUAUUCUCAUCCUAACUGCCUGCCAGAUCAUGGUUGAAAGUAAGUAUAUGAGAAGGGAGGUGUACCUACUGAUUUUACAUGUAUUUUUCAGUUCGUAGUAUCUCUGUCCUUCUAAGCUUUCUUAAUUUUGAUGCAAAAAUAACCUAGAAAAAUGAGAUUUGUGCAUAUUAACCCUUUUUUAUCCACGAAGACAUUCCGGCGUGCUAGGCAAAAAAGCAGUUAAUAUGUCACUUUAUUACUAAAUUAAUUUGCCAUUAAUGUAUAAACAUACUAUGAAUAUUCCCUGCACUAUUUAUUUGUGACAUUAUAACCCCACACUCAUCAAGAUCAAGGCCCAACAGUAUCAUCUGUUUCCCACAGUAACUAGAUAAAGGGUUACUUUUACAAACACCGAACUUUAAUACAUGCUUAUCAUUCAUUGUAUUUGUCUUCCUUUUUACCCCCUUCUUCUCGUUCUCUCUUUCUCAAUACAUUUUUGUAAUAUCGCCUACAUUCGCAUGACUAGUAACUUUGUCCUGCUGUCAACUUUUGUUUAUUUUUUUCCAUGAUGUCCAAGCAUCAAUGAACAAGUUAAAGCCAUUUAUUUUGUAGUAAGUCAUUUAGUAAAUAUGCUAAAUAAACGUCUCUAGAUAACAACUUCCUUUACUCUCUUAUGAUCACAACUAGUAAGCUAGAAUUAUCAGAGCACUUGAAGUUCCACAAAUCCUAAACAUUUUCUCAGCCAACACUGUGAGUUAGCCGAUUCAAAGGAAGAAAAAGACUAUAUUCUCACAGGCAAGUGAAUCAUAUCUAGGCAUUAAAGUCAAGCGGAGAUGUUGCGUAGAUCCCAGAAUUUCGUUUUGACUUGGUUAAUUUUUAAGAAUCCUGGUUAUAUUCUUUAUAUGUUACGUAUUACCACUUAAAGUCCCAAUUCACCCAAGCUUUGAAAUCUACAGAGCUAGCAUCCAUUUUACAAAAUAAUUGAUAGGUUCACUAAUAACAUCUGUCUGUGUAGGAGAGCUUGAUGUAUGCCAGGCAGCUCACACAUACAAAUGCCGCAAAAUAUAAUUUCUGAAUUUUGUUCUAACAUUCUAGUGACUCUUUCCAAGUAAAACUUGUUCCUGAUAUUAAAUACUAGCCCUAAGAUACAUCAAUGCUGUCUGUGUGUCUGUGUAUGUGCUCUAAAUUUCAAAUCUUAGGCUAUUAGCCAGGCAUAAAAUGUUACUUGCCUUAGCCAGCCUGGAGAGUCCAUGGCACACUCACUCUGGGUGACUUUCUACUCGCCAGGGUAAAUUUGUACUUUCUAGUGGUGAGUGGAAAUUUUUGUUUUAUAUAUAAAUUAUAAAUCAAUAUUUGGUGACAUUAUUAUUAUUUUUUUCAAUUAUAUCUCUAAUUUUAAAACUGUAGGUUAACAAAACAUUUUAGUUGGGUUCCCAAGGGAACACACAGUAUUAAAAAUAAAUAAAUAAAAUAUUUUUUAUACGUUUAUUUUCAAACGUAACCUCCCAAAUGGUCAACUAAUCCCCUUCAUUAUCCAUUAAAAUGGUGAGUCCCGGGGCUGCUCAAUAAUGGGUCUCUGAGAUCUAUAACAAAACAAACAGUUUAUUGGCAUUUCUAUAACUUAUGAACCUCUUAGUGCUCAGAUCAUAUGCAUUGCUCCAAAAGAAAGAAGUCUUCCAUUGUAUUACAUAGAAAAAUCACUUACUGUGUCCAAUGCAGAGCAAAAGUUUUUACUAUUCAUUUUUGUAGAGGUUGUGGGAGUAGUGAGCGAAAUAAGUGAAAGUAAACCUUAAAAAAAAUAUACAUAUAUUUUUUUUGUGGUAGUAAAAAAUAAAAAAAAUCUCCAUAUUCCUUUCCAAAGUCCAUAAUUAAAUCUGGUGAUGGUCCUCUUUAAAAGACUUUAUAAAACAAGGAAUCUUCUAAUAUCAUUAUCGUUUCUAUGGAAAAAUGGUAAGCUCUGCAUUUCUAUCUGUCCGGGGAUCUCACUCAUAAUAAUUAUCCCGGUUUGUGUAUUAAGGCCUCUGUUGGCCUUUGUACAGUAAUUAGGACAACUUAACAGAGAGCAGUUCACUUCUAAACAAAUUGUGCAUCCAGGGGCCAAGGGGAGGGUAUAGUUUGUGUUCAGUAAUUGGAGAAAAUAAAGAGAAAAAAAAGUGUUUUUAAUGCAUUUACUUUUAAUCUUCUUAGUUAAGCUAAGAAUUGCAAAUCUCCCUGUAGUUGGAUUCAGGACUCUAAUUUUACAUAAAAUGUCAAGGGGUGACAGGAGAAAUUUUAGAUGCUGGUAGAAGUCAAAAAUAGCUUGGUAGCAUAGCAUAUGUGCGAGAGUGCUCUUUUUUAAUGGGUUUGGUAGUGAUAUAGGGGAGGCUUACAUGCUGUGUUACCUUCCCCUAUUGAAAAACUGGUUAUAUAGCAAUAGUUAAUGUGUAGGCUUUUUAUUUCUAUCCCCUCAUGUAGGGUACUAGGUCUCUUAUUGCCUCAAUCUCACAUUAAACUGGGUCCAUGGAGAUCCCCUGUAUUUAUGCAGAUCUGGUGAACUUUUAAAAACACAUUUUCGCAUCAUUCUUCAAGCUGUUGAACAAUUUUAUAAGGUGCACUACUUGUCACAUUUAGAUACUUUUAUUUACUUUCCAAGAAGAAAAAUAUCUUUGGGAUAUUAGUGGAGUUUUUUUGGAAUUGCCUUUUGACUAAUAAAUCUACGAUCUUACAAUAACUACUUCCUUCUCUAAAGACAGAGGAACUUCACAUUCUCCUCAUCCUGUGGUUGAAAUUCUUUCAACCCGAAUAUUAGUUGAUUAUUAGUGGAUUAUGCCCUUUAAAGGGCCCCAAGAGGGUGAAGUGGUUGUGGUUUUAUUCUGUAUCUUGGUACAGUAUUUUUGGCUACACUAUUUUGCUCUGCCAUAUACUUUUUAGUUUUUCUAUUUUUUGUGUUGUCUAUUUUUAUUUUUUACCUGGUACCCUGCACUGAUUUUCAGAUACUCCUACAGAAGACCGCACAAAAAAAUCCUAGGUGGGGAUUAUACCGCCCACGCCUAAUACAGAGAUUGGUUAGUCUGCUCCAUCUAAUAACAUCCUGCAAGUGGGGAUAUAAUACCACUGCUUGCUCUUUUAUCCAGAGCUGGUCAUAGCUCUACCGAAUGUGAGUUGGCACUUUAGACCUUUGUGUAGUGUGUUACCCAGUAUGGUAUCAUUUUGCACUAUUGGUCUCCCCCUGUUUGUGUUCUUUUCCAUGUGCUGCUAUUGACUGAAGUUGCCCACAAGCACUUUACAAAGAUAUUACUUUUAGACUGUGUCUUGCUACCUGGUAUUUUUUAUGUCAAGGAAUAUUUUUAUAGCAUUUUCAUUGUGUCUUUGGAGAUCUUCUAAACCUCUUAUCUCAUUUGUUCUCUUUGGCACUACCUGUAUUUGGCUUCACUUACAUUCUGAAAACAGGAUUGAUGCUGAUUUUUCACAGAGAAAUGUGUUUAAGAGUUUCCCCUCUGAUUAGCUUCACUCAGAGUCAAAAUUCUGCUUGAAAAGGUGGUUUAAUUUAUUUUUGAGAAAAAUUGCUGAGGAGCCGAUGCACUGUGCUCCCUUCCAGCGUCACGUCAGGCCCCACCCCCCCAUAGCCAUUUUUUUUUUAAAAAAAAAACAAUGACCAACAAAUCACAAAAUAUCUGCUGAAUUCCAAUUUACAGUUCUAACGGUUUUCUACGGUUAGUAAGUGUAAGUUGCUGUGGUCUUCUGUCUUCUAUUUUUUUUUAAAUUGUUUGUAUGUGUAAAAACAUUUGCAGUUUACAUUUAUUUCUCUGCAUGCUGCUGAAAAUUGCUGUAGCCUUCCGUUUUCUAUUUUUAUUUUUUUGUUAUAGUUUCAGUUGGGGGAACUUUCCUCAUAUACGAAAAUGUAAAAACAUUUGCAGUUUCCAUGUAUCUCUCUGCUGUCUCCUGACUCCUGAAUGCACUCACCCGGUUACAUUUUUGCGCCAUAGGGGAGAUGAGCUUGCAAUGCAUAUUUGCUGUAGCAGCAGAGGCCUUUUAGUUAUGUGAUGUAUGUUGUGUCAGGACUCCCAUAACUUGUCAGGUCUUUAACAUGCCACAAGCCUGAAAGUAGUGCAGUAUCUCACUGCAAGAGAAGUUACUGUUGUACAUCAUCGGCCUAUCUCAAGUCAGACUUUGAGAAGUUCUCCUUGGGCACAGAAACUAGAGAAAUCCAACUCUCCCAGAUUUCCCAGCUUGACAUAAUAAUGUCCCCUCUCCCCUCUUAUUUUACUCAUUUCAUUAUUAUUCAUUUGUGAUUUAAGAUCUUUGGUAAACCCCUAGUAUCUUGGCCCUGGAAAUAGUACACUUUUAUUAAUGUACAAUUCAGUCAUCCAAUGCGUUUUCAUUUCCAGCCCAAUCUGUAAUUCCUAGGGUUUUAUUCACUAACGUUGAGAUUAAAAUCAAACCGCUAAUAUUCACCAAAAUAGAAACGUUGGAAAAAUUCUCCAACUUUGGUUUUUAUUUUUCUCUUUCAGAAUACAUUUUCCAGUUUGGUUUAAAACCUCUUUAGUCACGUGCCAAACAAAGUGGAUGGUAUUGCCAGCUGCUGCUUGCCUUAGAUUUGGUAAAUGGCAGUGAGUUUUAUCAUGGAGCAAGACCAGUUUAUGUUUUCAGUGUGAUGCUUUCUUCAGAGCUAAUAAAUAUAUAGCUUCGACCUCUUGGCCAGCAGCAUAGUACUGAAAGGUUCGACACAUUCAGUGGUUUAUGGACACAUCAACCUUUUCCACAGUGAUCAGCGGAAAGUAAUCUUCAGGCUAACUGAUCAUUUUUAGCAGAUUUUAUUUAGGAAUACGGAGCAUAGAAAACCAUACCUUGUUUCCCCGAAAAUAAGCCCAGGUCUUAUAUUAAUUCUUCCCCCGAAAAACCCACUAGGGCUUAUUUUCGGGUAAGGUCUUAUUUCAGGGAAAACGUGUGCUAGAAUGGAGGUCUAUGUUCCAGCGAAUUUCCCCGAACAUAGACCAAUUCACUAGGGCACGGAAUCCUGCAAAUCUAUGUUCGGGGAAAAUUCCCGGAAAAUGGAUUAGCUUACUCGCUAAUAGAAUACCGCAAAUCUAUGUUUGGGGAAACUUCCGCAAACAUAGAUUAGUUCACUCGCAAAUGGAACCUUUUUCGUUUCUAUGUUCGGGGAAACUUCCCUGAACAUAGAUAAGCUUACUCGCGAAUGGAAUUCCGUGAAUCUAUGUUUCGGGGAAAAUUCACUGGAACAUAGAUUAGCAAACAGCUAGAGCUUAUUUUCAGGGAGGGGCUUAUAUUAGAAGAACCCCCAGAAAAUAUGCUGGGGCUUUUCUGGAUAUACAGUAUGUCUGGCCUUGUAAUGGUCAAACCAUGUGCAACUCUGUUUAAAUUAAUAAACCAAACAAAUAAUCAGAUACCUAAGGGAACACCACUUAGGAUCUAUGCACCAGUAAAGAAACUCCAGCUGUGUCUGCAGGGCUUAACCCUAUAAUAUAUGAAAAGAAGGAAACAAAAAAAAAAUGUAGUCACUCAACCCACAACAAAGUGGGUGAGUAAAAGCUGGAUAGUAGGUAAGUAUCUUAUUUAAAUAACUGUUAAGUUUAGCUAAAUGUACAUAUAUACACACACAUGGGUCCAGUCUUAUAAGCAGUGGCGUACACACGACCCAUGGGGCACCAGUGCGAAAAUUGAUCCGUGGACCCCCCGCCGCGCUUUCUCUGCGCGGGCCGGGGCUGCAACACAUGGCGGCGGGUACCUGGUCUGAAGUGAAGUAAAGUGGUCUGGGUGCCAGGUCUCUCUAGUUUUAACCCUGCAGCUGAAAACAUAGCAGUUUCAGAGAAACUGCUAUAUUUACACUGAGGGUUAAUCCAGCCUGUAGUGGCUGUCUCAGUGACAGCCACUAGAGGCACUUCCGCGAUUCUUACUGUGAAAAUCACAGUGAGAAGACACUGGACAUCCAUAGGAAAGCAUUGAGUAAUGCUUUCCUGUGGGCGGUGUGAAUGCGCGCACAGCUCUUGCUGCACAUGCGCAUUCGGAGCUGAGAGGCGGAUCGGGGCGGAGGGAUCCCCUGUGCCAAGGGAGUCCGGCACUGGAGAAAGGUAAGUGCUGAAGGGGUUUUAAACACACACAGAAGCAUACACACUAGCUAACAGACAAACACAUUUACUGACAGAGACACACUCAGUGACAUACAUACAUACACACUCACUGACAGACACACAUACACUCUCACUGACAAACACACACUCACUAACAGACUCACUAACAGACACACACAAACUAACACACUCAGUAACACACACACAGUAACACACUCACUGACACACUAACACACACACACACACACACACACUCAAUAACAGACACACAGAAACUAACAGAACUAACACACUCACUGACACUAGCAGACAUACACACACUGACACACUCUAAUACUAAUACACACACUCUAAUACUAACACACACACACUUUUUUUUUUUACUUUAAUCCCCCAGCCUCCUUACCUUUGGGAGUACUGAGGGGAUUCCCUGGGGUCCAGUGGGGCUGCCCGGCGGCCGGUCCUGCGGGUGCGCGAGGGAGCACUCUCCCCUGAGCGCUUUCUGUCCAGCUCCCUUGCGCGCCGCUUUUUGAUGCCGGAGCCGGAAUAUAACGUCAUAUUCCGGCUCCGGCAUCACUGCGGUGCGCGAGGGAGCUGGGCAGAGAGCGCUCAGGGGAGAGUGCUCCCUUGCGCACCCGCAGGACCGGCGCGUGACACCACUUAGUGUACAUACCUGGUCGCAGGGCGGCCGGGCCCCCUGGUGGGCCUGGGCCCGGUCGCAGCCGCGACCCUGGUAUGUAUGCCACUGCUUAUAAGGCUUCUCCACUAACUAAUAAUGUAAGGGGUAUUGGCACCUAUCACCUAUGCACUUGGGAUGUCUCUUUAAUAAAGACAUGCAGCGUUAUCACUGAUCUAAUUAUUCUCUCGCUCUUUUUAUUCUGUCUUUGCUAACUAUCUAGCUAGCUUACCAGGGAGAGAGGCUUUUUAUCUUACUGUCCUACAAACUUUCUAAUUAACCUUUGUUAGGACUCUAUAUUACUCCUUAGAUAUUGUGUCUAUUGGCCUCGGACAAUAAGGUAUUUACUCUCACCCUGGUAUAUUUAUGUUAAUCUAGAUUGGGGACAGGGCAAAUCCUGGGCUAAAACAAGCAGUCUUAAAAAAAACCACCAUUAGUUUAAGCAAUUUAUUGGAUGACCCUAUGCUCCCAUUAUGAGAAGCCUUAUAAGGCUAGUCUUUUUCUUACGUUGUUUCUAGUUUUGAGACGUGUGUGUGUGUGUGUGUGUGUGUAUGUACAUUUAGUGCUGGUCCAACUAAACUUAAGUUAUUUAAGGGGUUAAACAAGAUACUUACCUACUAACCAGCUUUUACUCACCCACUUUGUUGUGUUUUGUUUUUGUUUCCUUCUGUUUAAAUUAAAGGACCACUCUAGGCACCCAGACCACUUCAGCUUAAUGAAGUGGUCUGGGUGCCUGGUCCAGCUAGGGUUAACCCAUUUUUUCAUAAACAUAGCAGUUUCAGAGAAACUGCUAUGUUUAUGAAUGUGUUAAGCCUUCCCCUAUUUCCUCUAGUGGCUGUCUCAUUGACAGCCACUAGAGGCGCUUGCGUGCUUCUCACUGUGAUUUUCACAGUGAGAGCACGCCAGCGUCCAUAGGAAGCAUUAUGAACGUUUUCCUAUGUGACCGGCUGAAUGCGCGCGCAGCUCUUGCCGCGCAUGCGCAUUCAGCCGACGGGGAGGAGAAGAGGAGGAUCGGAGGAGAAGAGCUCUCCGCCCAGCGCUGGAAAAAGGUAAGUUUAAACCCCUUUCCCCUUCCAGAGCUGGGCGGGAGGGGGUCCCUGAGGGUGGGGGCACCCUCAGGGCACUAUAGUGCCAGGAAAACGAGUAUGUUUUCCUGGCACUAUAGUGGUCCUUUAAUAAAAAGAUACUCUGCUCAAAAAAUAGAAUAUACUUACUAUAAAAGAAUAUACGCAUAGUAGUAAACUGAUCAACAGAAUUCCUACGAUUUGUUUUGAUAUGGCAUCCUUAUCAGCUGUAUCUCAAUGGGAGCGGUCAUCCAACAUGCAGAUGUGAGCACCCAAAAAAAAAUAAAGUUCAAAGUAAUCCGAGACUUGGCACAGCUACUCUUUUAUAUAUAAUCCUAUAUUAGGGACAAGUGCUCUUUGCUCCCAUACUAGCACCAGUCCCAGUGUACACGUAUAAGUCCCUGAGAUAUUUCAAGCUUUAAUAAACAGCUCUCAAUUUUGUCACAUUAAUUUAUAGCAUUCCAUUCAACUUAAAGGAUCACUAUAGGUUCAGGAACACAAACCUGUAUUCCUGACCAUAUAGUGCUAAACCCACCAUUUAGGUUUCUUGCCCCCCUAUCAAAGUUUAAAACUCACCUUAUUUCCAGCACCACGCUGGUCCGUGGGCGCUGGCUCCGUCCCCUUUGUGACAUAAUCGAAAUAGACGAUUUUUAGCCAAUCCAAUGCUUUCCCACAGGGAAAGCAUUGAAAUGGCUAAAAUCGGCACGGGAGUGGGUCUAAAUACCGUUUUGGCCAAUCAGAACCUCCUCAUAGAGCUUCAUUGAAUCAGUGCAUCUCUAUGAAGAAAAUUCAGCAGCCCUGAGCCAGGAAGCCCCUACAGGUGUCCAUAGGGGCAAUGUAAACACUGCCUUUUCUCUGAAAAGGCAGUGUUUACAUGAAAAUGCUUGAAGGGAGCUAUUAUACUCACCGGAACAACUACAUUAAAGGGACACUACAGGCACCCAGACCACUUCAGCUCACUGAAGUGGUCUGGAUGCAGUGUCCCUAUUGCCCUUAGUGCUGCAAUGUAAAACUGCUCUAAGUCUGCGUCAAGUAGCUGUCUAACAAAAAGCCAGUAGAGGGCUUCCUGGAUUGCUGCAUGAGGACAUCCAGCGUCAGAUUCUUCUAGGUCUAAGGCGUGUGUGCCAUUUGCAGCUCAUGCGCAUUAGAGCUCGCUCGUUGCAGGACGCCAGAGGUGGUGGAACAUUGGCCCCACACUAUGGGGACAUCGGGGCUGGGAUUCGGUAAGUAAAUAAAGGGUUUCCAACCCUUUAUUUACCAGAGAGAGGGGGGAGUGAUAGUCCCAGGAAUACAACCUUGUAUCCUAUAGUAUCUCUUUAAGAAGACUGAAUUCAAGCUACAGUCCUGAAAGCUGUACAAUUUCCAAGAUAAACUCUUAAACAAUUAGAAAGAUGUUCUCACUGGAAGAAUUGGCUACCAGCCCAAAAAAUAUAGCUUAUUUCUUGUUUUCUGUUUCAACAUUUAUCUGACCAUGAAAACAAAUUCUUUUAAUCAAAUAAUAAAAUUCCAAAACUGGUUACUUUAUUAUACUGAAAGGAAAACACAAUACAAAAAGAUUUAGAGGACUGUUUCACAAACGAAGAUAUGCUGCAUCAUAUUAACCUUGCUCUUAAACUCCCAUAACUCGUGUGCAGCCACAUCAAGUUCUGUAUUCAGCCCCAAUGUAUAAAGAACUCACUGGUGACCUGUCUAAACAUUGGUUUUGUACUUAAAGGAACACUAUAGGGUCAGGAACACCAACAUGUGCGAAAGAACACUUAUCCUAUACGUUUAUUCCGUACUCUAUUGUACCUCGCACCAUGCUUCACUCAGCCUAAGCAUGCUGCGUCUGGAAUGGAUUGCACAGCAGGGGUUUGGUAGUUCUGUAGCCCGCUUUUUGCAGUAGAAAGGUAACAUUUGAAUUCACAGAUACAAAUCCCACAAACCCCAUGCUCUAUGCAGGUAAAACAGGGCUGUUCUAUUUUCUUGAGCCACUAUCUGGUAUUUGGUGGUAAGGCCUAGGCACACGCACCAGCGUUCCUGCCUUAUGGGACACCACACCAAUAUCGGGAUGGGGGAGGAUAAAAUUACAAAAAUGCAUGACCUACAAAUGGGAACAACCAUGUACAGAUUAUUAUCAAAGCAUUAUCUGUGUAAUAAUAAUACUAAAAAAUGGCUGAUCUUCAUUGUGGAUGGGGAGAGUCCCUUUAAGUGUACAGUGUGCAUUGGCAUACUAUGCUGUAUUUAAAAAUGUUUCUGUAGUGGGUGCAGUGCUCACAAUGGCAAUCUGAUCGCUCGAUUCAUUCUUUAAAGUAUUAAGACACACAUUGCUGCAAUUCAGUAACUCAUGAUGGGUUUUAUUGAUAAUGACGUUCCUCAUACUUUUUUUUUUUUCUUUCUUCCAGGUUCCUCUUGGACUUACACAGGUAAGAUAAUUCUUUGCAGGAGUUUUCGUGCUUGAACUCUGUUAAAUAUAAGCAUACUUACAAAGGAAUAUUGCUCGCUGUGCGUUUAAAGGAACACUAAGUACCAUAACCAAGACAGCGAAGUGCCCUCCCAGGGUAAGUAGUCAGAAUUGGGUCUGCCAGGUGCCAUUACCUCGUCCUGUGCCCCGGGAGCGCCUGCUUUGAGUUAAUACCUGCAGUGCAGGCUGAGCAUGUUCAGGGCUUAGCUCAAGCUCAGUGUAGCUUACAUGAACUCCUAGCAGGUGCCUGCGGGACCCCAGGUAAGCUGUAAAACACUGGGAGGGUGCCUGGAAACUCCUGGCGCUAUACUACAGUGGGCUAUAGAGGUUGUGGUGUUUAAGUGUCCCUUUAAUCCUUCUGUUUACUGUUAUUAAGAAAGACUCAAGGUAAUAGUUAAUAGUUUGCACAUUCUUGUUACCUGCCGCAAAAGUCACAAACAUUGUCACUCAAUGACGAUAACAGGAGAAAACAAUUUUUAGACAUUAAUGUUGUGUAUUUGUUGUUAAUUUCAUUCAAUCAAACUGAACACAGUUAGAAUCCAAGUCUAUUUAGUGAGCUGAAUGCACAGAGACAAGAUAAGAAAAUGGCUGCCGCCUGUUAUAAAAUCCAGCCUUCCAGGAACAAAAAGUAAAAGUAGUUAUUUUUUAUGGCUAUAUUGAGAGACUGUGAUGAAUGUUAUCUGCGGUAAUUUAAUCUAAACCAUUGUUUUAAAUGGUGCAGGCAGUUACCAUACAGGCAGCAUCUUUCCUGUAUAGCUCAUUAGAGUUUCUGCACAAACUGGUCCAAUUAACUUUAUUUACCUCUGGGGACCUACAAACAGCCACCCUCAAUGACUCUCAAUCCAGGGGUCAUACAUCUAAAUAUCCUGAAGAGCAGAGUCCUCUUGAUUGUAAUACAUUUGUUUAUAAGCUCCAGUGUACUAGAGUUAAUUGUGAUCAAAUGACCACAAAAAUAUUUAGUGUAUGUUUUCUGAGGAGUAACGUACAGCUUUACUUUACUUCUCUGUGUGCGUAUAAAACAUUGAAUGGCAAAUCAACAUCUUUGACACUUAUUUAAUGAAAUCUGGGGGAAAAUUAGUUACUGAAUAAUGGAGUUAAUUUAUUUUAUUUGUCAGUUAUUAAAUCGCUGUCAGCCUGUAGUAUGGUUGUGUGUGUAUACCUUCCUGCACAUAAUACUGGAAUUGUAGUUAUAGUACUUAUUGUACACUUACUGAGCAGGUGGCAGACCACCAGUUAAGGCGUUUUAAAGGGCCACAGCCCUGAUUAAUCGUCUGUCCUGCAUUGUGGAUUCAUAUACGCAACCCACUCACAAACUGUGCUUGAACUUAUCCCAUUAGCCUCCUUCUCAUAGACCCCUCCAAAGCUCGUCCUGAUACAUUCAAUCUUCCCUCCAUGCAAUGCCUAGAAUCUCCUAUCUUAAGGUAUGGCAUUGACUCCUCUCCCUACUCCCCUCUCAUAGCCAAAUCCACCUUCUACUAAUUACUGUUAUGAUUCAUGAUAUUUACUCUCAAUGAUGCUUACCAGACCUCUCUGACAGUCCCGAGGAAUGGAACAUUUAAUGCAACCUGCUUAAUAGCAAUUCACGGUGUCCUCCUCUUCCUUUCUAACUAAAUUCCAUGAUCACACACUUCGUUACUUAACCUCUUUACCACUGAUGGUAUAAUUCUGCCAUAGCAAUCUAGUCUUUCACAAUAAAUGUUACAUUCUACUCAAUAAGUGACAGUAGGUCAGCUUACCUGGAGCUAUAUAAAGAUGGAGGGUCUCUGAAUUAGUGUGCAUUGUUGCGCUGACAUUUUAUUUAUCUAUAAGGUGUUAAACAACCUACACAGACGAUAUGUAUAGGGUUCUCCACUACACUGCAAAAUUUCAAAUUUUAGGCAAAACUAGCCAUCUUCGAAAAAUAUAUGGUUUGGAUUUUUUUGCCAAUUGUGUGUUUUGGCCUAAAGUUUCAAACACUCAGCAAUUUCUGACAAUUCAUAGAUUAGUGAAUAUUUAAUGAUAUUACUUGAUAAAACCACUUUACUAGUCCGGAAUAUCUACCUGCUGAUAAUAGUAAAUAGUGAUACGUCCUUAUUUAUUUUUCAUUUAUUUCUUUUUAUUUUAAUGCACAGUGCUACAGUAUAUGUUGGUGCUUUAUUAAUAUCUAAUAAUCUUUGUGUAGUAGAGCUGGCCUUUUUCGUUUGGGUUAAUCUUUAUUUAGCUAUAAUUUUGAAGGGGAACUGCUGAAAUAGUUUGCUGCAUGCUUUGGCAGUCAACUGUAUUAAUAGACUGGGGGUCCCUCAGCCAAUUAUCCCCUUUGUAUAGUGUUUUUUUUCUUUUCUUCCUAUUUUGAAGGUCAGGAGCGGGGUAAAUCUAUUGAAAGGCAUGGGGCCAGUUUCACACACUGCUGUAUAACACCAGUUCUUGUUUCCUGAUGAGAAAUAAGAGCGAAAACAAAAGCAGGCUUUAGUUUAAAUGCAAAUAGUGAGCUGCGGAAUAACUCCCACUUGCUCUAUUCUAUACCCCCCACAGAAUGAAUGCCCUUUGAGGACUGGAAUGCAUGCUAAAGCGGGACAUUUACCAGUAUGCCAUAAACUAAAAAAAAUUCACCUGCUGAUUCCAUUGUUUCCAUAGUGAUUGCAUCACUUUUACAACUCGGCAGUCGGCACCAUGUUUAGAUCACACAAUGAGUAAAACUCAUCCAUUGUUGUUGAGUCUUCUACCAUUUGAAAGGGGUUAAAUAAGACCACAUUUGUAAUUUUUAGGGUAUUAAACAUCCCACAGGAGUAAUUUCGGAAUAGUUUGUAGGUUGUGGUUUAAAAUAUGUCCUAUGUGCAUUUGUCUGAUUUUAUCCUGUGACAAAAACCUGUAAAGGUGUGACCUGUGCUAAAAUGCUGUGCAAGAUUUAAAUUGUCCAGAACAUUUGAUUUUGAUAUGUUCUACGACAGGUCAUGAAGGACAAGAACACUGGAAAGAAGCCUACCCAGACUGUGGGGGGACAGCCCAGUCUCCAGUCAACAUCCAGACAGCCAAUGUGUCCUACGAUGAUUCCUUACAGCCUAUAGAGCCCAUUGGAUAUAGUACUCCUGGAACUGGAUCUUUCACCCUUAGAAACAAUGGUCAUACAGGUAACAUCACCCACAAUAUAUUGUUCAUUGCUGUAUGAAAACAUGUAACUAUAGCUAAGAUAGUGUACAAUGUUGAUUCUCUUUUUUUUUCUUUUUCUUUGGGGUGAAUGCAGUUUAUUUAUUUAUUUAUUUAUUUUUAAUUGAAGGAACACACACAAACAAUCCCUGCAUGCAUAUUACACUCUAUCCAUCCAUCUAUAACCAGAGGACACUCCCGCUGUGGACCCAUGAGAACUUGUUCAUAGCCCAACUGAGACAUUUGAGGGUUGUGAAGCCAAUUUGAACAACCCCAAAGCUCAACUCCAUGACAAAUUCAUCCAAGUUAAUCAUCCCCUGUGUUCAGUGUAUGCAUAACACUUCACAUAUAUCCAUCAACUUAGUGUACGUAAAGGAAAGACUGAUUUUAACCCAAGGUUUUAUUUUGUUUAUAUGUGCUGUUAUUUCAGUUGAAACCAUGUUCUGCAGCUGUAAUCAAGAUAAAUAACAUAUCUCGAAGAUAUGGUCUUAAUUUCCCCUAAUACAUAUAUUGGCCAUGUGUAUUAAAGUUAUCCGUUACAUUGUAGGUUAGGGUAGCAGUGAAAGUACGGGGUGUAUCCUGCAUAUAGUACAUUUUUGAGGUUUGUUAGACUCCAUAUUGGGGACAAUCUUGCUAAUAGGCUUGUCUAACUUAGUGGGUGGUAGUGGUUAUGGUGCUUGGAGUGUUCCUUUAAGCAUCUUACAGGCAUUUGGUAAAUCCUGACUUUUAAAGGAAAACUCUAGCGUUAGGAAUAUAAAAAUGUAAUCCUAACACCAAAUGGUCUCUGUGCCCUCCCCCUCCCUUACAUCCCUCAGUGGCAAGUAAAGGGUUAAAUUACUUUAUUUUAUUUAUUUUUUCCCCCCACUUACCUGAAUACAGCUCUGAAGUUCCUCCGGAAACAUCAGCUGACUGGGGAACAUAAUGCUCAUUGCUCGGGAAGUGCCACAUUACGCCUUGCCUGCAGAAAUGCAUUGACUCAGUGCUUUUCUGUUGGGGCUUUAGAAGACUCUGGAUGUCCUCCUGUAAAGCAUGAGGGCAUUCAGCGUUGCUCCACACAGUCACAGUCUGUGAAAGGCCAGGAAGAGCCUCUAGUGGCUGUCUGGUAAACAGCCACUAGAGGCAGUCUUAACCAUGCAGUGUAAAUAUUGCAGUUUCUCUAAAACUGCAAUGUUUGCAGCUGGAGGGCCAAGGGGACAGUGACAGUGCACCCAGACCACUUCAAUGAGAUGAAAUAGUAUGGGUACCUAUAGUGUCCCUUUAAUUCACUCUAUACAGGUAAUGGCCCUUCAUUUAUCAUAAUUCAGGGAGUCCUUAAAUUGCCUGCUUGACUUGCAGCAAAGGACGCAUCUGUUCUUAAAACUACAUCCAUAUCAGAUGUACAGCUUUGGACUACUUUAGCUGAUCAUAGUUUUUAUUUAUUUUUCUUUCUUAUUUUUUAUUUAAAGAUUGUUAACUACAGUAUAACAAUAAAAUAAAUAAGGUCGACAAGGAUGAUCAGUUGUUUUUUUUUUUUUUUUUAAUAUAUAUUUUAUUAGGUAUUUUCAAUAUUCCAAUUUCAGUCAUGUCAUGUCAUAUAAGAAAGCAUUUACAAGGACACGCAGGUCCCAUUAAUUGCACUUAGUGCUUAUCGCCUUGGAACAUGAAAGGAGAAAAGAAAGAAGGGGGGGGGGGAGAAAAUGUAAUCAAGUAGACAGGCAGUGGUCACAUUUUAAAAACAAGUAACAUUUAUGUGUUGGACUCGCAGGUCCUAUGAGAUGUAAACAGUGGGUAGUACUUUCACAUGGUAUAUUGGAUGACCGUGUGGACACGCAGGUCCUGUUCCCCACCUAGGGUUAGGAUGAUCAGUUUUUUAAGUUAUUUUCUUCAGAGGAACCAUCAUACUUUUUCUUAAUUUAUUGUCAUCCUUACCUUGGGCAUUGGAAAGUCCGAAUGGAGUGGGCCUGCAUGGCUUCCAUUCAUUGUGGCACACAUGCAUAAGUUGAUACACCUUUACAUAAAGAUCGGUCACCUGACGCUCAAAGUAUCCUUCAGCUCUGCCUCCACCCGUGUUUGAUAAGUUGAUACCUUCCAAAAUUGGAAGGUAUGAGAUUCUCAGAGUUUUAUUUUUUUAUAAAUGCAUAGAAAAUAAUGUUAAAAAAAAAAAAAGAGAUUGCGCUUGUAUUUCCAAAAUUAUGAAAGUAGGCUCCUGUGCUUUGAAAUUCCCUGAUCUUUUUAUGUUACCAGCUCGGCCCUGUUUGCGGAUUUAUCCUUCCUGAGAAUGUGUUGUCCAUUAACAUAUUUAAAUAGCUCAUUUAAACUGCACUAUUGGCCCUUCUGUUAAGGACAGUUUGAUGUCCUUCACCAUGAAUAACUUCCUGUGCAUUGUCCAUUGGAGUAAACAAACAUCCCCUUUAUUUUUUAUUUUUGAAGAAACCAUCACUGAAACUGUGCUUACCCUCUGUAAAUAACAGAACAGCAUGCAAACACACACACUUUGACUGUAAAUGUUGAAGUUCCACUGAAGUCAGAGUGAAUACAAAUUAAUCCCACAUUAAAAUCUCCCAUAAACUGUUUGUUUUAGGAUUACAGCAGUAGAGAAGAUGUGUUGCUUGGUUAGUGCAUAGCAGAGGCUAGUUUGCUAGACUGAUUUGUUGAUGUGCUGAAAUGUAUCAAGGACUCUGCGUAUUGUCCUUUAUACAAAGAAGCACUGUCAGUGUAUUUAUGGAGGCGCUACUAAAACCCAGGGAAGCAGAAAGAGCAGUUAACAGGGCGUUUCACACCAAAAACAAUAUCAAAACAUUUAACCCCUUGGCUUGGGUGACCAAAAUUGCUUAUUUGAAUUCAUGCUUGCAAAAUAUUCCAGAAAUAUGAAUUGCCAGUAAAACAUCGCUAUCAUCUUCACUUUGUCAACAUCACGCUACAUUCUUCCUAAUAUCAACUUGGUGCGAAAAUUGUAAAUGUAACGGCAAACCUGAUGUGAAAAUGAUAUCCCGGACAGGUUUACAGUUAUUUAAAAACUGUUAGAACACGUAUAGUGAGUGAAAAUAGCCAUGAUCUGUGAAUGAAUUACACACGUCGGGGGCCUGUACAUGGCGUAGAAAUCUGUGAUACACAGGGCCGGACUGGGAAUUAAAAGUAGCCCUGGAAAAAAAAUAUUUACCAGCCCCAUAAUGCGUUGCGCCAGCAUAGUGUGCAGAUACAGAGUUAGAACAGAUAAGUUAAAAUUAAAAAUUAUUACUCCAACGUAAAAAGCGCACUCAUAGGCUUCAAAAUAAACAAAAGUGGAGAUUUAUUUUAAGCAGAUGUGCCUUUGCAUGUAAUCAAUGUUUCAGUCCAACUACCUUGACAUACUAAGGAAAGCUUGUUAAUGGGACUGAAAUGGUGAAUGUAUGUAGGGCACAACUGUAAAAAAUGUUUAUUUUGAAGUCCUGUGGGUGCGCUCUUCACUUUAAAUAUGUUAUUGUGCUGGGCCAAUAGCAACAAGACUGGGCCAAUAUCUGCUCAUUACAUAUGGUACAUAUUAAUGACAUUUCUCUGUGUAUUAUGCAUAUAUUAAUGUACAUUAAUAUAUGUGUAAAUAUAAUAGGCAUAAAUAUAUAUAUAUAUAUAUAUAUAUAUGUAUGUAUAUAUGUGUGUGUGUGUGUGUGUGUGUAUAUAUAUGUGUAUAUAUAUAUAUAUAUAUAAGUAGAGAUUGUAGCCGUAUUAGUCCAGUGAUAUAUAUAAAUAAUCACUAAUACACACAUUAAUAUACAUGUCAUAUACCAGUGGCGGAUCCAGAGCCUGAUCCCGGGAGGGGCACUUGUAGAGUAUUUAAAGAAAUAUUCCAUGCACAAUAACCACUACUCCUCUGUGUAGUGGUUAUGAUGCCAGGAGUGCCGGGACCCCCUCCCAGAGUAAGUAGUCAAACCGUUUAAGAACAGUUUGAUAACUUACCUGGAGUCUGCUGGGAUAUGGGGCUGUAGUAGGGUAUUGGAGCAGUGGUGCAGUGGAUGUGUAGUGUUUGUGUGGGGCAAUGUGUGUAUGGGGGGGCAGUGUGUGAAUGUGUAUGGUGUGUGUGGGCAGUGUGUGUAUGGGGCUAGAGUUCACUCUCACUACUGCAACCACCAGGAAUCCCUGGUGGUCGCAGUGGUGAGAGUGAACGCUAGCUCCAGGGCUAGAGUUCACCCUCGUGAGAGCCAAAGCAUUGCCGUGGUAACUGCGGCAACGCUCAGUGCUCGCGCGAGAAGGACCCAGGGGAGCUGCAGGUUGAGCUCCCGGGUCCUCUCUUCCUCCCUCCCCUGCCGGCUGCCCGCACGGUGCCUGCGGAACGGGGAGGGAGAUCGGCCUUGUGGUGGGGGAAUUGCCCCGUUGCCCCCCUAUCCACCAGUGAUAUAUACAGCCCCUAUGUGUGUCUCUUUUUAUCUCUGGCCCCUCUGUGUGCCUUUUAUGUCUCCCCCCAGUCACUCUGUAUGUUUGUUUCUUUCUCCCCCUCACUGCUCCUCUGUGUCAAUAUCUCCCCUCUCCUUCCCAGUCUCUCUCUUCCCCCUCUGCCUCUUUCUCCCCCUCCCCUUGUGUCUCUCUCCUUUCUCCCUCUUUGUCUCUCUUUUCCCCUGUCUCGUUCUCCCCCCUUUCCCUGUGUCUCUCCCUCCUCCAAAUCUCUCUUCCCCUCUCUCUUUCUCCUCCCUCCACCAUCUCUCUAUUCCUCCUUUUUCUCCCCCUCUGUCUUUCUCCCUCCUCCAAAUCUCUUUUCCCCUCUGUCUCCUUCUCCUCCCUCCACCAUCUCUCUAUUCCUCCUUUUCUCCCCCUCUGUAUCGUUCUCCCCCCUGUGUCUCUCCCUCCUCCAAAUCUCUUUUCCCCUCUGUCUCUUUCUCCUCCCUCCACCAUCUCUCUAUUCAUCCUCUUUCUCCCCCUCUGUCUCUUUCUCCUCCUUCCACCAUCUCUCUAUUCCUCCUCUUUUUUCCCCCUCUGUCUCUUUCUCCCUCCUUCCCCUGUGUCUAUUCCCCUCUCUGUUUUAUUCCCCUCCCCUCCCCCCAUUUACCUAGAGAAGUCAAGGGGGCCGUCCGCGUUCCAGGCUGGAGCUGCCGGCCCGCUGGCAGCCUCGCCGGUCCGGCGGCACUGCUGUCACUGAUGAUGCUGAGGGAGGAGGAGCAUGUCUAUCUACCAUGUUCCCUCGCGGUUCCCACAAUCCCCAGCACAACAUACCGAUGCAUCAUACUGUGCUGUGAAUUGUGGGAACCGCGAAGGAGCAUGGUAGAUAGACAUGCUCCCAGCCCUCAGUAUCAUCAGUGACAGAAGUGCCGGACCGGCGAGGCUGCCACCCGGCCCGGCAGCUCCAGCCUGGAACGCGGCCGGCCCCCUCUGAGUGUGCCACCGGACCGGCAAUUUCCCGGUAUCCCGGUGGGGCAGUCCGGCCCUGGUGACACAGAGCGAACAUUCACUUUAAAAAUAUCAAUGUUACAAUGUUGAUUUUUUUAAAAGGUAACUGUCAUAUUGAACGUUUAUUUUAUUAAAAAAAACAAAUGUGCUAACUAUGCUUCAGAAAUCAGGACUGCUUAUUCUAAUCUCUUCUCUUCGUUCUCCCGUAAUCCAACAGAUUUGAAAAAAGGUUAGUUACCAGGUGGGAAAGAAAUAUUCCCUCUGGGGGAGUAUGAGGUGUGUGUGUAUAUACACACACACACACACACACACAUAUAUAUAUAUAUAUAUAUAUAUUAGCCCUGUAUGUUGUCAUGCUUCACUCUUCCCUGGUUGUUGCACCCCGUGUGAUUAAUGAGUAAAGCAAGGCCUGAAUUUUAAUGUGAUGUUUCCAUAGCAACAGAUUCAGCCACACUGAUGUAAAUGAUUUGUAUUAUCACUUUGUUUUACAAGCCUAUUCCACAUCAUAUGCACAGGACACUAGGCCUGCGUUUAUGUGAAAAGAGGCACUCAUCUUUCCGUUGACUCAUCAGAAUGAGAUGAGCUGUACAAUUUGCUUCAUCAGCGAGGUUUGAAUGAGAUAAUUGCUGUAACCAGACGUUGCGAUACUAAAACGCUAACACUCCCUGCAAAGUAAUAAAUUGCAGACUAAUUACAAAGAAAAUUGUAAUUGAGAAUAUAGCAUUAAAAGUUAUUGGUUUAAACAGUGAAUUGUGUUGUAUUUAUAUUUAGAACAGCACCCCACAAAUCCACUUAUUUUUCUAUUAAGAGGGCAUUAGUGGGGCACUGCCAUUUACUUCCUUAGUUCACCAUCAAAGAAAACCGUCAUUAGUUGAAUUAACAGUAAAAAUAAAAGAUCACAUGUAUUAUAGCCUCUGUUUAUUAUUCUGCAAUGCAUACUUAUAAGUUAAAGGACCACUAUAGGCACCCAGCUCAAUGAAGUGGUCUGGGUGCCAGGUCCCUCUAGUUUUAACCCUGCAGCUGAAAACAGCAGUUUCAUAGAAACUGCCAUGUUUACACUGAGGGUUAAUCCAGCCUCUAGUGGCUGUCUUAAUGACAGCCGCUAGAGGUGAUUCUCACUGCAAAAAUCAUAGUGAGAAGACGCUGCUGUCCAUAGGAAAGCAUUGAAUAAUGCUUUCAUAUGGGCUGUUUGAAUGCAUGCGCGGCUCUUGUCGCGCAUUCGGAUCUGACAUCUGCAGGGGGUGGAGAGUUUCCCAGCAUAGAGGGAGCCCGGUGCUGGAGAAAGGCAAGUGGCUGAAGGGGUUUUAACCCAUUCAGCCCUGAGGGUGGGAGGCACCUAAUGACCCUAUAAUGCCAGGAAAAUGAGUUUGUUUUCCUGGCACUAUAGUGUUCCUUUAAAGGACCACUCUAGGCACCCAGACCACUUAAUAAAGUGGUCUGGGUGCCUGGUCCCUCUAGGAUUAACCCUUUUUUUUUUUUUUUUUUUAUAAACAUAGCAGUUUCAGAGAAACAGCUAUGUUUAUAAAUGGGUUAAUCCAGCCCUCAAAGCCUCUAGUGACUGUCUCAUUCUUAGGAGAUAAGUGUUACUUCUGACCAAAGAGGGUUAUAUUUGGCUGACGCUGACCCCACUGAGCAAGUCAGAAAAUUAAGUUACCUUUUAUGUAUUUAUUGCAAAAACAAUACUCAGUAAGGCUAUAUGACAUGUAAUCUUUUCAUGAAAUAAUAAAAAGUGAUCAAUUUACUUUAAUAUGAUAUAUAAAUAUAUCUUAGUAGUUUUAGGGCUUAAAAGGUUACCCCCAAGCACAAUGACCACUUUAGUGAUUUGAAGUGGUCAUGGUACCUGGAGUCUGUAUGUAAAGCGUUUCACUAUGAAACUCAGCACAUUCUGAACGGAGUGUAACUCCCAAUUCCGGCCGUGUCAGUGGGGCUUCAUUAACCAGCCCGGAACAAAGGUUCCAGACUAACUGAUAACCAUACUGUGCAUAUUUCUGUGCACAGGGCAUCAUUCAAUGACUGUUGGGAUUGGGAUCAGCAUCCGGCUUCUACAGCUUUGCAGAAGCUGGAUGUCAUCACCAACUGCAGGAAGAGACCCUUGGCGCCUCGUGGGACCCCAAGUAAGAAGACAAACCAUUGCAAAAUGGUUUUCCCAUUACAAGGGUAUGAGCCAGGGUACUUUUAACAUCACAACCAAACCAUCAUUAUGAUGGUUGGAGUAACCCUUUAACCCCUUAAGGACCAAACUUCUGGAAUAAAAGGGAAUCAUGACAUGUCACACAUGUCAUGUGUCCUUAAGGGUUUAAAGUGUCCCUUUAAUCCCAGGCUUUCGUGUGGAAAGAGAGGACUUUAUUAUAAUGGACUGUCUGCCUACCAACUAUCCUGGAGCAAAUGGGCCAGUCAUGGUUUCAUGUUUCUAUACUGCUGUUCCAGCUUUGUUUCCUGGCAUCUCAAAUCUGCUCAUGUUCAUUCCUAAUUGGGACUGACCAUUGAGUCAGUCAGUAAGCACAUUCACACCUGGCUCACAAGACCCUUUCCCCUGCAGUCCUUCCCUUAUUCCACCAGUCUGGCCACCCCCUUCCAAGCUCAUACCUCUCAAUUUUUGCAUCUAUGAAACAUAGAAACAUAGAAUGUGACGGCAGAUAAGCACCAUUCAGCCCAUCUAGUCUGCCCAAUUUUCUAAAUACUUUCAUUAGUCCUUGGCCUUAUCUUAUAGUUAGGAUAACCUUAUGCCUAUCCCACACAUGCUUAAACUCCUUUACUGUGUUAACCUCUACCACUUCAGCUGGAAGGCUAUUCCAUGCAUCCACUACCCUCUCAGUAAAGUAAUACUUCCUGAUAUUAUUUUUAAACCUUUGUCCCUCUAAUUUAAGACUAUGUCCUCUUGUUGUGGUAGUUUUUCUUCUUUUAAAUAUAGUCUCCUCCUUUACUGUGUUGAUUCCCUUUAUGUAUUUAAAUGUUUCUGUCAUAUCCCCCCUGUCUCGUCUUUCCUCCAAGCUAUACAUGUUAAGAUCCUUUAUUCUUUCCUAUUGAGGGACACAUAAGGGUUAUACUCGUGUUUAGUGAACAAACCAUUUGGUAUGUAAUUGUAUCAAGAUCAGGCAAGCAGCUUCGUCUUAUCAUGAUGUGGUGUCUUGCAUGUAGAAGUAAGAUCCAGGGUUUAUCCAGGCUGAGCUAAGACCAGUCGGAAUUCAUUCAUCCCAGGAGAUGGAUCAGACAGUUUACCAUUUUAAUAUGGGACUGUUUUUCUUUGGUUUAAGCAAUAGGUACAUCUGGGUUUUAUCAUCAUAGAAACGGUAGUCUAAACCAGCAUUUGUUGCAUUUUCCCUCUCUGCAAGCAUGCAUCCAGCGAACAACAUGGGAUAGACUUAAUUUCUUAUUCUUCGGUUCUACGUGUUAAAGGGACACUAUAUUCACCAAAACAACUUUAGCUUAUUUAAGCAGUUUUGGUGUAUAGAUCAUACCCUUGAAGGCUCACUGUUUAAUUCUCUGCCAUUUAGCAGUUAAAUUACUUUUGUUUAUGCUUAUGCAGCCAUAGCCACACCUCCCCUGGCUGUGACUGACACAGCCAGCAUGAAAAAAAGGUUUUAUUUUCAAUCAGAUGUAAUUUAGUUUGAAAGUUUAUAUCUCCUACUCUGUAAAUUGAACUUUAAUCACACAAAGGGGCUCCUGCACGGUCUAGCAAGCUAUUAACCGAGCAGGAGAUAAGAAAUUCUAAAUUUAAACAAAAUCUGCAAUAAAGGAAGUGUAAACAUUAGAUGACACUUAACAGGAAGUGUUUAGGAAGGCUGUGUAAGUCACGUGCAGGGAGCUGUGACUAGGGCUGCAUAAACAAAGCGAUUUAACUCCUAAAUGGCAGAGAAUUGAGCAGUGAGAUUGCAAUGGCAUGAUCUAUACACCAAAACUGCUUCAUUAAGCUAACGUUGUUUUGAUGACUAUUGUGUCCUUUUAAAUUGGACUGUAAUAACCUUGUACACUAGCAUGUAUUUUAAAACUAGAGAAAACAUGAUGUACCCUUCUGUGUAUUUGUGCUUUUAUUACUUUUACUUUUAAUACAUGGAGUCUGUAGGUGUCCAUAUAAAGUUAUAGAUGUUAAACAUAUAUUGUUCGUAGUAUCAAAUGAAUAGUCAAAAAUAAUACUUUUUGAAUAUAGACUGUUUUUCUAGGAUCAGGUAAAUGUUAAUUUUCUUAUUUUACUUAAACAAAAUGGAGUCUGUUUACAAAGUGUAUAAGUCACACGGGGGACAGUGAGAUUUAAAGUUUGCAUUUAGUUUGCAGGAGAAGUGUUACUCCUGGGUCUAGUAAUUUCAGAAUUAUAGCAUAGCUCUUUGUUUUCAGGGAUUUUAUAAUGUAAGCGUGGAGGGGGUCACGGUAAAGUUAGCUGGGCACAGAUGUUAAUGGAAUAGACUUGUUAAAUAAUGUUUGCUGGUUGGUCUUGGCUGAGGAAGAGAAUGAGAAGAGAUCUUUGUUAGCCAAAAGUCCUUUUGGAAGGAGGAUAGAGCGAGGCACUGUCAGGAGAUGCUGCCAUGGGAACAACAAAUGAAAAUGAGCUGUGUGUGUAAAGCACGGAAAAGGAUAGGUACAGUGAGGGAAAAAAGUAUUUGAUCCCCUGCUGAUUUUGCACAUUUGCCCACUGACAAAGAAAUGCUCAAUCUAUAAUUUUAAUGGUAGGUGUAUUUUAACAGUGAGAGACAGAAUAACAAAAAAAACAAAAAAAAAACAGAAAAGCGCAUGUCAAAGUUAUGAAUUGAUUUGCACGUCAAUGAGUGAAAUAAGUAUUUGACCCCUUUCAACUUAGUACUUGGUGGCAAAACCCUUGUUGGCAAUCACAGAGGUCAGACGAUUCUUGUAGUUGCCCACCAGGUUUGCACACAUCUCACAAGGGAUUUUGUCCCACUCCUCUUUGCAGAUCCUCUCCAAGUCAUUAAGGUUUUGAGGCUGACGUUUGGCAACUCGAAUCUUCAGCUCCCUCCACAGAUUUUCUAUGGGAUUAAGGUCCACUCCAGGACCUUAAUGUGCUUCUUUUUGAGCCACUCCUUUGUUACAUUGGCUAUAUGUUUUGGGUCAUUGUCAUGCUGGAAUACCCAUCCACGACCCAUUUUCAAUGCCCUGGCUGAGGGAAGUAGGUUCUCACCCAAGAUUUGAUGGUACAUGGCCCCGUCCAUUGUCCCUUUGAUGCGGUGCAGUUGUUCUGCCUCUUAGCAGAAAAACACCUUCAUGUUUGACGGUGGGGAUGGUGUUCUUGGGGUCAUAGGCAUCAUUCCUCCUCCUCCAAACAUGUUGAGUUGAGGCCAAAGGAGAGAAAAAAAAACAAGUAGCAAGUAGUGAGAACAGACAACUCAGUUAUCCUGGUUUUAGCUCAUCUAGUGCCAUUACAGAGAGAACAUAUGUGAAGCAUAUCAGACUGGUCCCACCCGUAUGGGAAGUCCAGAUCUGAAAUGCCAGCAAGUUCCCUCUGCAUGCCAAAGAGCUAAAUUUCGGUCUCCUCUUACCACAACACUUUCACCCAGUUCUCCUCUGAAUUAUUCAGAUGUUCAUUGGCAAACUACAGAUGGGCCUCUGCAUGUGCGGGCUCUGCAGUAUUUCAGUCCUUCACUUCGUAGUGUGUUACCAAUUGUUUUCUUGGUGACUAUAGUCCCAGCUGCCUUGAGAUCAUUAACAAGAUCCUCUCAUGUAGUUUUGGGCUGGUUCCUCACUGUUCUCAUGAUCAUUGAAACUCCACGAGGUGAGAUCUUGCAUGUAGCACCAGACCGUGGGAGACUGGCAGUUAUUUUGUGUUUCUUCCAUUUGCGAAUAAUCGCACCAACUAUUGUCACCUUCUCACCAAGCUGUUUGGCGAUGAUCUUGUAGCCCAUUGCAGCCUUGUGUAGGUCUACAAUCUUGUCCCUGACAUCCUUGAACAGCUCUUUGGUGGAGAGUUUGGAAUCUGAUUGCUUCUGUGGACAGGUGUCUUUUAUACAAGUAACGAGUUGAGAUUAGGAGCACUACCUUUAAGAGAUUGCUCCUAAUCUCAACUCGUUACCUGUAUAAAAGACACCAGGGAGCCAGAAAUCUUGCUGAUUGAUAGGGGAUCAAAUACUUAUUUCACGGAUUGACAUGCAAAUCAAUUUAUAACUUUUUUGAAAUGCGUUUUUCUUGAUUUUUUUUUUUUUUUUUAGUUUGUUAUUCAGUCUCUCACUGUUAACAUACCUACCAAUAAAAUUAUAGACUGAUCAUUUCAUAAUCAACAGGGGAUCAAAUACUUUCCCCCCUCACUGUAUUCAGGGGACGAUGGGGAAUCAUUAGUGGCGGGGUUGUGACUAAUGAGGUGGAAGAAUGGAGAGAGAUGGUACAAGAAGCAGCUAGGGAUGAAAUAGGAGUGUAAAAAAAGUAUAUUGGAUACAGAGGAGCGAUGUUAAUUUGAGGAAAGUGAAAUAAAGUGGAGAAAUAGGUGGGUGUGUUAAAGUAUCAUUUCAUUAUAGUAUAUCAAUGUGACUAUAUAUAUAUAUUUGAAGUCGACAUGUUAUCUAAAGGUGCUUACAAUUGUGUUACACAUCUCAAUUAAAUGUAUAAGAAACACAAUAUAGUUUUUAAUGUUGAUCACCUAACUGUAACCGUUUAGUAAAUAGUCCAGCUCAAUCUUUCAAGGCUACAGGUCCAGUGAUUGGAGGAUCUCCAUUAUGUACUAAUAUCCUUGCCCUGUGUUCUCUUCCAGUGGUGCUCAUGCUGUCUCCGUCUAUGCACCUCAGAGGUCUUUCUCACAAUUUCACAGCCGUCCAGCUCCACUUGCACUGGGGUAGCAGCUCCCAUCCAUUUGGAUCCGAGCACCAGAUUGACAGUAAAGCCUUUCCUGCAGAGGUAAGUGCACACCUUCCAGGUAACAUGGAAUUGUAACAGCUCAUCUCAUGUUAUUUCAAAUGUUGGUCACAAAGGAAGCAACAGAAAAAAAGAUUUUUGGGGUAACAAUAGGGGUGCCUAGGAAACUGGUGUCUGGAAAUGCCUGAGAUGUAAAACCAGCCCUGAUCUUUAUAUAUGAGUCGCUAGCUGCCUUCUGAUGUAUUUUGGGUUUAAUCCCUAAACCAAGAAUUUAGGCCAUCAUAGAUAAAAUUCUAAGAUAUAGUUCCAUCCUGGAAUUCUGCAAUAAUACACACAGCUAGAUGAUAGGGCACACAGUGGUUUUAGUUACCAAGUGUAGUAAUGAAGAUUAUGGAAAAAAUAUGCUAUAGCAAAAAUCUAGAAAGACACAUCGUAGUGUAGUCUGACAAGCAAUCAAUGGUGUGUCUUUUUAUAUCUUUGUUCCAGGAUAAAAUAUAUUUUUUUUGUCCGUAACCUUCAUAACUACACUUGGUAACUAUAUACGCAUGUAAUUAGAUGAUGGCAAACACAGUGGUUAUUUUAUUUUUAGUGUAAGAGGUGACGUUACAAUUGAUGUUUUGAAAGAACACAAUAGUGUAAGGAAUACAGUUUUUGUAUGUUGAACACUAUAGUAAGCCUAUCUGUUAAAAAUGCUUUAAACACUUACCUAAUUCCAUCUCCAACUCCUCUUAUGUCAGCACGAUGGGUAACCUAACUCCGCACACGCACUAGGCCUUCUCCAUAGUAAGGCAUUGAGUAAAUGCUUUCCUAUGGGGUUUUGCUGGACAUCAUCAUGCAAAGUGUGAGGAUGUCCAGAGUCGUUUCCUAGAGUUAAACAGCCAGUAAGUCUUAACCCUGCAAGGUAAACAUUGCAUUUCUCUAAAACGACAUGAUUUCAGCUGUAAAGUUAAUGGGACAGGGACAUUGCACCCAGACCACUUCAAUGAGAUCAAGUGGUCUGGGUGCAUGUAGUGUCCCUUUAAGCAUCUCUAGGUGUUAUACAAACUAGUGCCACAAAUCCCUCUUAUUACAUUUAGUUUUAUAUCCUGCAUUUGCCUUAUAAAUUCUCCACAAUACCCAAACUAACAUCCCUGUGUCUCUCUGCUGUUUUAGCAUAGCUUGUGUCAUUCUGCUUGCUUGCCUAACAAAACACUAUAUGGGGGUAGAGAGUGAGGUGAAGUGCUCUAUGGCUGUGGAGUGGUCCUGUAAGCCAUGCCCAUUGUUUUAUCACCUAUACAUAAGAGAGAUGUAUUCCUGUUUUUUUUAAUGUAUUUUAUAAAAACUUGAACACUCAAAAAACAAACAAGUAUAGGCACAGAGCGGUGUAUAGGCACAGAGCGGUGUAUAGGCACAGAGCGGUGUAAAGGCACAGAGCGGUAUGUAGAAGCAGAUUAGAUAUAGUUUAUUUUUUGUUACAGAGCCGUUUUAAAGCCUCACAUGCUUUCUCCUCUGGUUCUGCGUAAUAAACCCAGUGAGAUAUUCGUACCCUGCCAGACUCUUAGGCUGAUAAUCUGUCAUGUGCUUUCUGUUAUUAAUUAGAUCUUUGCUGUAGAAUAUUAAAGAGGCAAACUGAAUGAUGUCUAGACACACUCUGUAAGUAACACUGCAAUUCUCACCAUCCUCAGCAAGCAAAGGAUUUUUGAAUAGAGAGAUGGGAUCUGAUAAGCAACCGUUCUAGAAUUAAACCGUUCUAGAAUUAAAUCAGUUUAAAAAAACAACCGAUUUAAAGCAAUUUUUGUGUAUAUGUCUAAUGUAAAUAUAUUGUAUAAAUCACUGAGGGACUUUGUUAUGUAACAAACAACAGUCCCUUAUUUUCUAUAUGUUGUACAAGCCCAUGGAUAGUCCAUAUAUAUAGGUGAGGGGAGUUCUAGAAUCUGAUCUGUGUCAAUCGGCUCUUGGUUAUAUUUGUCUAAUCCAUGCAAUGUUCCUUAAAUGUGUGUGUGGAAGUUUGCAGUAAAUACCAAAGGGUGUCCAAGCACCCCAAGAACAGAGGUACAGCAAACAGUGGUAAACAUCUGAUAAGUGCAAUAUUAAGGUCAAAUAUUGGGGAUUUAAAAAGGUUGCUCAUUUGCUGCAUGAUAGAAAGUAAAUUAAAACGGUUUUUCAUAAUAAAUAUUUAAUGUCUGCUUCCACUGCUCAGAACUUCACAUUGACCUCAUUUGCCUCACUUUAAAAUGGCAUCUACCUUUAAAGCAUGGGGUAUAGACUUUACAAAAAGGAGGUACAGCAUUGUUACCCCUUAACUAGUGUGGACACAGAGGAGGUUUUAGGUUCUAUCUUAUCUGGCUCAGAGGGUCUGUUCCAUCUCCCCACAUUGUGAUUGCAAUCCUAACCCUAGUAAGAACAAUGAAUAAUGCCGUAGUGAUCCUGUGCUCUUAUGAAAGCAGUACUAGUGUCGCUAAAAGCACCUGUGACAUUCUAUAUGUGUCAUUUAAGGGCUGACCCCAUCUAACUGUAUAUUCUCACUGCAGAUCUAUCUUUAUUCAGCAAUGUAGAUGGAGAAGCCUGGAACAGCUUACAGCAGGGCGAUGUGGAUAAAACAGUCUAUAAGAUAGUAUUUUGUAAGAAAACUAGGAUCCAUGAAGUCACAGUCUAAUAAAUUCUAUAAUUGUGGUUGUUUAGGCUUAUGAGUAAAACUUGCCCUAAUGCAAUCGGUUUUCUGUGAACACUAGGACAUGUGGUUGCCUCGUUUAUCUCCCACAGUAACUGACGAUGACUCUUUAUUCUCCCACACAAUAAGAAACUGACCACUCUGUGUGGCUUGAAGAGGUUAGGCCUUGCGCAUCGCCUGCCCCUCAGAGAAGGGCAGGGCAGUUACAUAGACCUUACAAAGAGUGGUUAUUGCAGUAGGUAGGUUGUGGUUUGCUGCGUGUCCCAUGGAAAGGCCCAAGGAGCCCCACUGACAAGACAUAAUCUGGCCAGCAAUGUGGACCUUUAUCUGGUCAUGAUUCUCAUGAGACCAUUUUGUACCUUGUUACUUGACCUUCGUUUGCCAUCUGGUCCUCACAGAGUUAAAACCCAGUGGGUCUCUCUCUGUCUCAUUAUUUGAUUUUCUUAACCCAGAGGUUUUAGUCCUGGGAUUAUAGGGGCAGCCAGAUCCUGCAGGAGCUCUCACGCUUCAAACUCUGCUGUCAGAGGCCACAUACUGCUCAGAGCGAUGAAAUAAAAGCACAUUAAUCACCCAGCCAGCAGUGUCAGCAAAAUCUGAUUCACAGGCCCAUACCCUCAGUACAAUAACAUGCCACAUGCAGACUCCAGUACCGAAAGAUCCCAAGGGACAGCCUGUGUUCAUGUAAAGUCGUAUCACAACCCUUGGGCAGAGUUUAUUUACCCCAAUUAGAUUGCAAGCUCCUUGAAGAACGAAGAGCUGCUAGACUAGUCUGUUAGUGACAGUCUCUUCUAAUUUACCAAAUGAUUCACAGUUCUAAAUAUUGAAUAUAUUGAAUACACUAUAUCCCUAGAUGGUAAGCCCCCGUUUUACGUGGCUCGUUUGCCUUUAAUACAUUAUUACUUUAAUGCCAAAUUGUUACUUAAGACACACCUUAUACCAAUUACCAAUGUAUUAUUUUCAUUCAUUGAAACAUGUGGUACCUCUGAAGCCAUAGAUUGCAGGCAGCUGCAUAAUACCAGCUACACUAUGUGAUUGGCUUUCCCUUUGUAUUAUUAGAUAUUGUAUUUUACCUGUAUAUGUGCGUUUGUUAUACCACUAAAUUGUAAGCAGGCUGCCUUACUAUAACAUUAGAUUGUAAGCUCAUUAGACGACCAGAUCACAGCAUGUAAUUGACUACCAUCAUGUUUCUGAGUCUACGAUACAACCUAGUUCUGGUUACCUUGUGUGAAAUCGGAAUUGGAGUUCAUUAAAAACAUCUUCGAUUAAUUCCACCUAUUAAAUCAUAUUGUUUCUUUGUCCUUCUAUAUUAGAAAGGGUGGUGUGCUGUCUGAUGGAAAAUAAAUUAAGAGGUACAUUUGAAGUUUAACUAAAAACUGUUCUGUACAAAAGAAUUGUUGUUUGGCUAACACACAUUUCUUUAUCAGAUGCACAUUGUCCAUUACAAUUCUGACAAAUAUGCAGAUAUCAACGAGGCCAAAAAUAAACCAGAUGGACUGGCAGUCUUGGGGAUCUUCAUGGAGGUGAGAUACAGUUUAUAUUUUAGAAAUUAAAAUGAGUAAUUGUAACCUGUAAUUGUCAGCUGUUCUUGGGACUCUGUGACCCACUACAGGUAUGUAUGCAAAUGUCAUCUUUACAUUGUGCUGGCAAAAUGAUAGCUGAGGAUAUUGGCAAAUAAAACACAAGGAGACAGCUAUUCGUGUAGCCCACGGGAAAGAUUACAUUUAGAGCCGUAUAAGAGGAGACUCUUAUAUCACGGGCCCCGGCUCGCCGCCAUGUGCGUCCGUGCCCGAAAAACGCUGCCAGAGCCUUAAUGAGAAUAAAAUAAGGCACCCGCUCUGUAGCCGAUUACGCCAUAGAGUUCAGGACAUUAGCUUCUGAGGCUGACUGGACCAAUAGUGGUUUGGUGGCUGCUUUUUUGGAAGGUUUAGCAGAAAAUAUACAAGAUGAAACCGCUGCCAGAGACCUUCCGGUUAAUCUUAAUGAUUUUAUUGCAUACAUGAUUGACAUUGACAACAGGCUCAGAGAGAGGGAGAAAAACAAACUGCGUACUAGACGUACAAACUUGUCUAUAGCCCCUCGUUUCUCUAACCCAGUGACUGUUAAUCAUGCUCCACCUGCAGAAGCAGAACCCAUGCAAUUGGGCAUUACCAAACUGACUGAGGCGGAGAGACAAUACAGACACAACGAGGGGUUGUGUCUAUAUUGUGGCAAAAAAGGACAUCAGAGGUUCGGGGACCGACCUUAGGUGUUAUGUAUAUGUCCCCUAAAUUGACUAAGAACCGCUUUCUUAUAACAAUCACUCUGUUUUGUAAGAAAACUACUGUUCAGUGUGAGGCCAUGAUUAACUCUGGGGCAGCGGAGAAUUUCCUUGAUAAGGAAUUUUCUGCCAAACAUCUUCUGCCUUUAAGGCAGAAAGACAGACCCAGACUAGUAGAGGCUAUCGAUGGGAGACCUCUUACUCAACCUCUCAUUACACACGAAACUGCCCGACCGGCACGACCGCAUCAACUCACUGAGUUUACCUGCUCAGCGGCGAGCCGGGAACCGUUCCUCCACGCCGCUUGGGGAAAUCUAAGAUGGCACCGACCAUGAGGUCUCGUCCAUCCAUGGCUCCACCCCCCAAAAUUUUACGACCGUGCGCGUGACGUCACAACGUCAACGCACGCGCACGUUCUGGGGUCAGAGGUCACCCUCUGACCAAUCAGAGCCUAGAGAGGGAUAUUUAAAUCCCUAAUUCACCCCAGUACAUUGCCCUGUCGUGGUUUCCUGUUCCUGGUUCCCUAGAGAGCGUUUAUCUUUGUGAAUAUUACUUCCUGGUAUCCUGAUCUUGGCUUUUCCCUGGUUAUUCCAAAUUCUGGUUCCCCUGUCUUGGCUUGUUUAAACGGUAUCUGAGUAUUUCUGGCUUCCUUGACCAUUCUCUAUCUCUAGCGUAUUAGUCUGGCCAUUCUAAGGUCCGGUUUACGCUCUGUCCUUUUAUUUCCUUUCCUUUUGUAUGUAUAUGUUUACAUAGUUUCUGCGUGUUGGACCACACUAGCAGCCGUGACACUGACUAAGUUCUUUUAAAUUUUCACAGGGUGGAGUAUCCUAGAAAAAUAUUGGGCUAGUAAUUAGGAAUGUCCUAUUCUAUUCCCAGAGAGGACAAGAAAUAAUCAAUCUCUGGCCUGUAACUUUGCUCUCCUGAUAAUGGGAGGGAGCUUUUUUUUUUAAUUUUUUUUUUUUACGAAGUUAUUAAGGCCAAACCGUAUGGAAAAACAAUGUUGCAUAAAACAAACCCCAAGGGGAGAAUUUAUCUACAUAGAAAAAUGUUGCUGAUGUAAGGAGUUUAGCUAUUUUAUAACACAUUUGUAAUGGUUUAAUGCUAAACAGGGGUUCUCAGCAGUCCAUCCCCUUUGUGCUUAUAAUAAGGCAUUAGACAGAGCAGCAGGGAUGAGUGACUGGGUAUCAGCUGACUGCUUUUAGCCUAUCACAGUGUACAUUGUUGGUAUGGCUAGAAUUGUAUAAUCUCUGCCUUAGCCACACCUCCAGUGACCCUGAAAAUGGCUUAAUACUGAAUGGAAGGACAGCGCCAGGGGACUCCAGGCACUAUUUUUUUCUCAUUGGUUAUAGUGCCUGGAGUGUCAGCUAUUGUCUGCUGUUUUUUCUUUUUCAAUAUGGCACCUUGUCACACUAAUACCAUGCCAGUCAUUGUAUGGUGGAUUAAAGGAGGGAGGAGUCUUUUCUGUCCAUCAGCAAGUAUACAACAAGGACUCCUGUGUAUGGCCAGCCAGGUACUUUCCACAUUAGUAAACACACCUUAUAAGGGAUGAGUAAAGUAGAAAAUUAAUAGUCUUUCAUCAAACAUGACAGUGAGAGCCCACCGUCCAUUAGGGGUAGUUUCCUAACAUGCCAAUACUUGACCAGACAUAAAAUGGGCAAAUUUAUAAAAGAAUGGAGAAACAUACCUGUUCUUAACUAUUUAUCAUUUCAAAAUUUGGCUUGUUAGACUCCUGCAGAUGAAGUAUUGCUAAGCCGUUUGAAGCAUACAUCAAUCCUAAAAUAGCUGGCAUUCUACACGGUGGCCAAGAUUACAAUUUGUUUGGGAGAUUUAGAAACUUGCUGUAUUGACAGGAUAUAUCAACGAGAUGCCUGACAUGCCUUGCUGUGAGGACAGAACAUUGCGUUCCAUGGAACUAUUCCUAAAGAACCUUCAGUUGGGUUAGUUUCCAAAGACACCUCCUACGAGGUCAGGUAGAUCAAUCACAAUCUACCAUUUUGGCAGGGCUUUCUAUGCUACCGAAGGAACAUCAGUUCUCCAAUUGGGGACCUAGACAAAUGUUCACUACUGUGCAGAUUUCUGGGACACAUUUGCAAACCUGCACUUAAGUUAGAAAAUACCUUAUUUUGCUCCUUGGAACCACCCUGUAACCACUUUGCUAUUACUUGACCAACUAAUGACCAUGUAGGUCAUUGAUGGAAUUUAAGUGAGAGUACAGGUUAAUAUUUUCCUGCAGAAAAUGAAAUGGCCAAUGUUUAAUAAACCGUUAAAUCUUUUGCUUUAUACCUGGACCAAUCAGACUGUAUAACUAUCCAUGCUGGAUUGGAGUUGUGGAGGAGGAUAUGGUAAUUUAAUCUCCCCUGUUCCUUCACCCCAGGUGAUGCAGAGCGGGGCUACAGAUAAUCUUGCCUAUGGGAACAUUUUCAACUAUCUGGAGAAUGUCAGCUAUGCAGGUAUGAAAAUACCCCAGUGGUGUUAUACCCUUUGUUUUAUGGCAUAUGUGGACUGAUUUAAAAAAAUAUAAUAUAUCUUUAACAAUGUUCUAAUGCAAGACACCUCCUUUUUAUGGAAGUAAACCGGAUGUACAGGCAAAGGGAAAAAAUUACUUGUAAGAAAUGAAGGUUGUAUCCUUAUUGGCUCCCUUGCAGCUAAUCAUAAUGCAGGAUUAAUGCACAGAUCAGAAUGGCAGGUCACUGUGUUCUGUUAAAAUAGAGACUUCUUGUAGGCAUAUUCAGGCAUUUACAUCUAAAAACAUGUCCUUGUCUUCUAUUGUAGAAGAAGCUUUAAGAUGGAACUGUGGUUUCUCUAGUCUUAACAGAUAAUUUUGUGUUCUCCUCAAAUGUGUUCCAACAAAAGGUUAAAAAGACAAUCUGUCUGCCUAGCAGUGGAUUUAUUAUAGACUGUAAAUUACAUAUCAGUGGGGAACAAACUGACUAAACAUGAGAUUGUGUUUCCUGUAGAUUUCUAAUAAACCAUGCCCUAUUUUUCUCUUAUAUUGAAUCAUUGCCAUCCCCUUCCUGCGAUGUACAGACCAGAGCGUGACUGUUCCAGCUUUCAACGUUCACAACCUACUUCCUAACAAUUUAGAUCACUACUUCCGAUACAGGGGGUCACUGACAACUCCCCCCUGCCACCAAAGUGUUCUGUGGACAGUCUUCCACGAGAGAGUGCACAUUUCAAGGUCACAGGUGAGCCGGUCAAUAAUAUCUUACAUUGAUAGAAGAUGUAUAUUGGGAUUUUUGCACAAAUGUGAUAAUCUUCAAAGGGACACUAUAGUCACCAGAACAACUACAGCUUAUUGAACUUGUUCUGGUGAGUAGAAUCAUUCCCUUCAGGCUUUUUGCAGUAAACACUAUCUUUUCAGAGAAAAUGCAGUGUUUACAUUACAGCCUAGUGAUAACUUCACUGGCCACUCCUCCGAUGGCUGUUAGAGAUCCUUCCUGUGGCAAAAAAUAAUGCAUCCAAACAUUCAGUGUCUCCACCCUCUGCAUGCGGACACUGAACUUUCCUCAUAGAGAUCAUUGAUUCAAUUCAUCUCUAUGAGGAGAUGCUGAUUGGCCAGGGCUGUGUUUGAAUCAUGCUGGCUCUGCCCCUGAUCUGCCUCCUUGUCAGUCUCAGCCAGUCCUAUGGGGAAGCAUUGUGAUUGGAUCAGGCUACCACUUCUGAUGUCAGCAGGCAGUGGGCAGGUCUAAAGGAAACUGUGACAACGUAAGCAGCUGCAGCCUUGAAUACAAGUAAUAUUUUACUAUAUUUACAGAGGCAUGAGGGGACCAGGGUGCCUCGAUGGUGGUUUUAACCCUAUAGGGUCAGGAAUCCAUGUUUGUGUUCCUGACCAUAUAGUGCUCCUUUAAUAUCUGCUCAAAACCUCUCCUAAAUCAGAUUGCGAUUCCAGAAAGCGGGAACAGUGAAUCGUGCAAAUUUUGGCUUGCUGGUGUCACUUUACUGCUGCUGUCAAUCCUGUUUAGAACAAAGAACCAGGGUUUAUACAUAGGACCAGUCAUGGUCUAGGAAAUCCAACAUUGAAACUAUAUUGUGUAAAAUAUCUGAACACAUAUUCACACAUUGCAGUGGAGGCCAUUGUUUUUCCAUCCUUGAAAUCAGCCCAGUGCAAUUAAAUUACCAAUAUCUAUUUCUUCAGUAAACAGGACUGAUUCAGUCUGAAUGGUUUCUAAAUCAUUACACUUUACGGGAAAAGGAAAAUUAAGACGGAAAGACUGACUGACCAAAAGACUGAAUCUCACACAUCCUCAAAUAAUGCUUUUGUUAAACUGAACCAGUCAUCCUAGGUAUAGAUUUAGUGAUAUAUUCAAGGUCACUUGCUAUGAUGGCUGACAAUGGAUGUGCAAAGAUGUGGAAUGCAGUCAUGGUCAGGCUGUGCAGACACCUGUUCUUAGUUUCUUUUCUUGAUUUUAACUUUGUUAAAAUUCAACAAAUACAAAAUAAUUUUUCUGCAUAUUUGCAAUCAAUUUGCACAGUACACAGUAUAGAUGCAGUGUUAUUUAUUAACACUGAUAUCUGGUCCACGCUCUGCUGUUUGACACUCAUCUUGCUGGCCACAAACCAUUUAAAAACUCCUGCAGAGAUUGUAGAAAGCCACGACAGCGGUCCAUCUUUACUCCAUGUGCAGUGUGUAUUUCAGAUGCUGCAAAUAAAAUGCACGGCAGAUUUAAGGGAGGGAGAGAUCUCAUGUAGGUUCCUCUUUCUCAUACAUUUAGAUGUGGGUGAAAAUGUAAUUAGAUAAGUGUUUAAUUCCAGUAAGGAUAAAAAUGUCCCCUAAUUUGCACUACAUGAUUACAAUUUUAUCUCUGCAUUGUACUACCUUACAGAAGAUAAAAUGCUGGUGUGAUUUUAUUUUCCUUUGUUGCCAAAACCAUGAAUAUGGAGUACAGUCUGCUUGCUGUGCCUGGUGCGUCAUUCCAUGUGCUAGGACGUGUUAGAUGCAGCACAAACCUUUUGUAGGCAGUGUGCACAUGCUGAUAAAAUAUAAAAAGCAAAACAACAUAAGUGUUUCACUUAUGAUUAUCCAAUGUUUAAAGACAUUCUGAGUCUCACACGCGACCCACUUAUAUUUGCAGUUGGACAAGCUCCAAACAGUGGUCUUUUCCACCAAAGUUACCACGCCGAGUUCUCCUCUCCAAAAUAAUGUCCGUGACCCCCAACCGCUGAAUCAGAGGAUUGUGAAUUCAUCCUUCCUUGUCCGUAAGUACAUGGCAAUUUGUGUUUGUUUUAAAUGUAUUUUUAUAAAGAAAACUACAUGGUAAUAAAUUUGCUGUAACAGAUCCCGAUAUCACAGAUAUGCCUGCUGUAGUGUGAUGGCAGCCACGAUCACUUGCAAAUACAUAAUGGGCCAUCUUAGGAUAAUUCCAAAACCAUAAUGACUCUUUAUUGCCAAUGUAGAAUGAGCAAUCUAUAGGAAUUGGUUUAUGUUUAUUAGUAGAGGGUCUUUAAUAUCAUACACUGAGCAGUAACAGAGAGACACAAAUAGCUGGAGCAAGAAGGACACACAGACUCUGUAACACACAGCAGUGUACUGCACUGUAUCCUUAUCCAAUAUUACUGCAUUAACUUUCAUUUACCCAAGCAGCUUAAAGAGACCGUGAACCAAACAAAAUGUAUUAUUUCCUUUCUGAAUAUAGUGAGUUACUGAUGAAAGUUAGAAUAUUGAGUUGAAAGGGUUAUAGGCUCCUCACACUUUGGUAGGAAAUAGCUCUUUUUAGGAGAGCAGGUCUGACUGCCAAAAUGUCCAAAUUCCCCAUAUAACAUAAGAUCUCCGACGUUGAUCACCGCCUGGGUUGACCAUAAACUGGCAUUGGGAUUUUGCUUCAUAUAUUAAUUAUUGCAAGAAAUGACAAUAUAAAAAAUGCUUUUGCGGACAGUGCUAUUUAUUUUUUAAUAUUAGCUCUUUUUUAUUGUUUAGAUUGCAGCUCCCUGUAAAAAAAUAAAAAAAUCCCCCCCCCCCCAUGUUUAAUAAAGCCCCAAUAUUUAUUCACUAUGCAUAGGGUGAGGUAGAGGUAAACAAUAUGCCUACACAAUCAGUCUGACAAAAAAAGGCUAAACAUGUGCUGCAGAAGCUCCACACUGUAAUUUGGCAAACAAUGAAGGAAAAAUAGUCCUGCACAUCCAGUAUUAGUGUGCACUCCCAUUGGAGGACAAAGUACAAACGUUUCGGGCGAGAGCCCUAUCUCAAUGCCAAUGUUCUACAGUGUACACAAGAUACAGACAAUAUAUACACAAAGUGCUCACAUGACCCAGAAUGCCACCCCCAAGUAAUCAGAUACACAAAAAGGAUCAGAUGUGUGGUAACUUUCCAUAACCAUAAGCACUUUGUUUGUGUAUAUAUUGUCUGUAUCUUGUGUACACUGUAGGACAUUGGCAUUGAGAAAUGGCUCUCGCCCGAAACGUUUGCAGUUUGUACUUUGUCCUCCAAUAAACUGUGGUAGCACCUGGGUGUGCACACUUAUACUGGAUGCGCAGGAGUCUUUUUCCUUCAUUGUUUGUCAAUAUUUAUUCACACACAAGGUUGUUAUUUACACACUUUUGCUUAUUUCACAAUUUGUUCACAUUGUAACGUCACUUCUCUCUCUUUUUGGCAGCUCCCCCAGGAUCUUACACUACAGGUAUGAUGACUCUUACCAGCUCCCUGUUUUGUAUAGUGAGCGGACUCUAGACACGUGAGAUGUUUUCUUUGGAAGCCGCAUCACAUUCUUUCACUGAAUAUACUGGAAUAUAGUGUAAUGAUGGGAAAUCUAGGAUUGUGUAAUAGAACAGCAUGAAGACAAUUUACUCUGUAUAAUACUCAGAAUGUUACAGCAGAUACUGAGUGUGUGCCACCAUACUGGAGUCACGUAUACACAAUAUAGUAAUAAAGACAUAUAAACUAAUAAUGUAGGAGGUGUAGUCCAAAACAUCUGGAGUACCGAAAGUUACCUAUGGCUGUCCUGCAUCUCCGCAUUGUGAUAAUCACAAUGGCCAGAAUCGCUGAGCUCAUUUUUUUACAAGUCCUAACAUCUGUUUCCCUUCCAGGUCAAAUUCUUGGCAUCUUUUUCGGGACAUUUUUGGCACUUCUGGGCACUUUCUGCAUUGUAUACUUUGUGUAUAAGAAAUAUAGGUAAGGAAGCUACGGUUCCAUAAUAGAUUUUUUUAUGAAAUUGUAAAAUGUCUGCCACAUAUUGUGAGCUAUGCACUAAACUCCCAUCAUCCUCCGGCCCAAUUAUUGGUGAAGGCAAGGACUGAAAAGCAUACAUACUUUCAAACAUCCCCAACCAACGGCUACACAAAAUUUUCAUUUUAUACUAAGUUUGUGUCAAUGUAUUUGUAAACACGAUGUUUAGAUAAAAAGAACUUGAUAGUGAGGGGGUUAAUACACUUAGCUUGCACAUCCAUAUCAUUAGAGGGCAUGUGACCGUGUGCAGGGUAGUCGUGGAAACCAUUGGUGUAGUUCACAUAUUUGAAACAUGCCGUGAGGUCCUCCACACGUUACUUCUGUGAAUAACUUUUAUUGUUCUAAAAAGUUUCAGUAAACUCCCAAAUUCUAGCACAUUUAAAACUCAAAUGGCGAAACUGUGACUAGAGGUGAAUACCUAAAUGAUGCCCUGUAAAUAUUAACUUGAUGUUUAAUGGAUGGCAUGAGCAGGUUAUUUACUUCAGGGAGAAUUCAAAUGUAAAGCAAAACAGAGCAAUGUUUCCAUGUUGGCAGUUUUGACCUUAAAGGACCACUUCAGCUCAGUGAAGUGGUCUGGGUGCCAGGUCCAUCUAGGUUUAACCCUGCUUGCUGUAAACAUAGCAGUUUCAGAGACGAGAGGUGCUUCCGCGCUUCUUACUGUUAUUUUCAGUGAGAAGACACCAGCGUCCAUAGGAAAGCAUUGAGAAUGCUUUCCUAUGAGACUGGCUGAAUGUGUGCGCAGCUCUUGCCGCGCAUGCAGCCGAUGACAGCAGAAGGAGGAGAUAGCCCGGCACUGGAAAAAGGUAGGAAUUUAACCCCUUCCUCACCCUAGAGCCCGGCGGGAGGGGGACCUAAGGACCCUAUAGAGCCAGGCACUAUAGUGGUCCUUUAAAUCUGAAAUCCACGUAGAAUUCUAACACAUCUCGGACAGCAAAGAAUUUCAAAGAACCUUAAUUAGAAUGAAGUUGUUAUAAUGUCUGUUUACUUGAAAGGGGUUAACUACUGGUUUUAACCCAAAGUCUUCAAUGUGAAACCUCCUUUCCCUACCAUCUGAGUCUUCAACCAGAAAAGUGUCUUUUCAAACCGCUCACUAACACUUGUUUAACUCCUUCAAGUAAGCUGGUGCUCAGGACCUUCUAGCACCAUAACUCCAUUCCAGUGAAGUUAUGGUGGCUAGAGUUUUUUCUUCUUCUUCCAAUUAUGUACAUGCAGUGUUUUACAGCAAAACACUGCAAAGACCGACUCCAAGCACCAUGACCACUUCAACAUACUGAAAUGGCCAUGGUGGUUAAAGUAACUUAUUAAAGGAACAUUCCCAUGUCCCAAACCACAGCCAGCUAGAGUGCCCUGGCAUUGUUUCAUUGUAAGAUGUUAAACCAUUUUUAGAAUGUUUUGACACUUAGCUGGUUCCAGCCGGCAGUCUGCACUGCUUCCAGUUGUGGAAGCCAGAUGUUUCUAUAGAGCACAGCGGAUGCACUGUUGUGCUAAGCUUAAGCUCUCGGUCAAAGAGCGUGGUCCUGCUUUGUUCUAUAGAACAAUCCAGUUACUCCUGAUGGAGAACACCAGAAGCCAUACAGACACAUGGCAGAGUACAGAUAAGCUGUCAAACCAUGCUUAAAGGACAGCUUACCUCACUCAGACCACUUCAUUAUGAGAGCUGGAAGCUCUGCACCUCUUUACCCUGCAACUGGGUACCUUCACUCUCUGUACAUCGUUGUUCCUAAUGUUCCUUUUAAACAGGGAAAAAAGGAAAUUACAUCCUCAGACAUGACUUUGAUACAGUUUGUUUUACCUUCUAAACACAGUUACAGGGAGUUGAAAUCAAAAAUGCUAAAUUUUGAUAGUAGUUGAUCUGGAACUAUUUUAGCAAAAUUUUCAAAUCUGGGUUUGUAAUUAAUUAGUGAAUGGACAACUCAUGCUUACAGUUUGAAAUGCACAUUGACUGCAAAAAAAAUACAAAUAAACAUUCAUAGAGACUAAAUGUACACAAACACUGUGCUUUAAUCAGAUAUUGAAAUUCCAAUGGCAGUCAGUAACCGUGCACCUAGAUUUUUUGCUAUGGUAUAGGAAGAAUUAGGAUCACUAGAUAGAGGAUAGAGUUUUUCUGAAGGCAAGGCAAUGUUCCAACUGUGGCAGAACUUUAUAGAAGGGAUCGUACACUGUUUCUUUAACCAUGCGUCUCCAAUCUCUCCAAGCUAUAUAUGCAGUUUGUGAUACUAAGUGCCCGCUCAAAGAAACCAUAGAUUUCAAAGACAAAUGAAUUUCUCUCACUUGAAUCAGCACUGAUUUACAGUAAUUUUACAUGUAAACACUGAUUAUUCUGCACAAAUUCUUACGUACCUGAUGUGCAUUUGCUCAACAUCAGCAGCGAGUCCUGUAUCUCUUCAUUAUGCUUCUGUGUUAUAUCUGUGUUUGUCUCUUCAGUAGGAAAAACAGGAUGGAAGUGGGAGGAAAGGCCAGCAAUGUUGCUCACAACUCCCCAUCUACAACUGCUGAACACGUAGAGGUGAAAUCUUUCCAGUUUUGAACUCUGGAGAGGGAGGUUUGCAUUCUCCUUCAAACUGUGAUAAUCUGGGAAUAUGCUGCUUUCAGGAACAGAUCUCCGGGAUUCUCAAGCAAACAUGGGUUAAUCCAACACUGCCAGAGUCCAUGUGUGAUAAAGGGUCAACACCGGAUCAUGAGUGACUUUAAAUACCUUGGAUGGGGCCAGGACAAAUUGCUCUAUUCCUGGCGGUCUUAAGCCAAGUUUCUUUAACCCUAUACUGUGCUUUCAUCUAUUUAAUCUUCAGGGUUACACUGUAGCAAUGAGACAGGCUUCUGGUUUUGAAAAACAGUUGGAGCUUCUUACAAAUCAUUUUAUAGAAACUGUGAAAAAAAACAAAUCUAACUGGCUGGUUAGUAAAGGGGCACUAUAACUACUGCAACUGAUUGUAGUUAUGGUACACUGCUUCUAUAUCGUGUAGAAGAAAACCACAAUGGUCUCUUGCUUGCAACUAAAGCAUUGUUCAGAACAGCCACUUAGAUCAUGCUGAAACUGCAUUGAACCAUUACCAAACCAAACCAGCAAACCUGGAUAGCAAUGAUAAUCUACUCUCAGUGGAUCAUUGUUGUCCAGGUCCAGACUGAAUUACACUUGAUAAUGUAGAAGUAUUCUUUUAUUCCUUCCUUCACCCUUCAUCUCUGUGCCAAAGCCAUAACGCUAAAGGACUAUGUAAAUGUCACAGCUGACUAUAAAAAUCAUGCGAGCCUUGAAAGUUACCUGAAAGUAAGCUUGCCAUCAAAACAUGUAUGACAGGAUCACUUUAGUGAGAAAAAAAAAUCUCCAGGAGCUGACAGCCAUUUAAAGGAAAAAUGACCAUAGUCCUGUUGGCUUUUAUUUUUGUAGAGUAAAUAUAUUCAAACAGAGUACAUGUAUAUUAAAAUGAAAUUCAGGGUAUUACCAUUUUUAGCAAACACUACUGCAUUCGCUUGCUUCAAAAGAUUUUAUGCAAAAUAACCUAGUAAAAUGCCAACUAGGGCAGCAGGUUAAAUAAUGCACGGAAGCUGCUUAAAGGGGCACUGUAGGCUUUUUUUUAUAUGCAUUAUAUAAAGAGAGCAUUAAAAAACACAUUUGAAUUACCUGCAUUUUCUACAAAAUUGCCAGGCUGUGCAGCAAGGUUUGUUUAAAAGGAAAUCAUUACAAUAAGAAUCUGAGAAUCGUGUAACUGCUCACAACGCUUACAAGGUUAUCCACUAUACCUCACUCCCUCUAGCAUGUAAGCUCAUCGCGCAGGGACCUCAACCCCCUCUGUUCCUGUACGGCCAGUGGUCUGAUCUCAAUUAUGUGUCUGUUAGUCCACCCAUUGUACAGCGCUACGGAAUUUGUUGGCGCUAUAUAAAUAAUAAUCCACCAAAUUUUGAAACUGUGGGAAUUUAAAAGCUUAGACAACAGCUGAACUGGAAACCUUUUCCUAGUCUGGUAGGUUUCAGUUCAGCUACUUUGGCCAAAUAAUUUGAAAUUCACACUAUAGAGAAUAGUGUCUAGACAGGUAGAAAAAGUUGCGGAUCUUAAAACGUGCCAUAUUUUUUUCACCCAGGACUAGAUGGGCAAUUUUAAACCUUUUGUUAACAUUUGCUCCAAUAAUUAAAGUACAACUGGGUUAUUUAGUAAAUUCUGAAUUGUUGAGAAUGUAAAGUAAAUGAAACCUUAAUUUCAAGUUAAAGAACAAAAUAGCUAACUUGGAAAACUUCUCCAAAUUGCACUUCUCCAGUUUGAUUAAUUUGGUCUAGAUUGUGGAAGCCUCUAUGAAUAACCCUGUUCGCGUCUUCUAACAUGCUAGCAUGGAAUGACCUACUUUUGCAUUUGAAGUGCUUAUCAUUCCUGCAUUUGGUACAUUUUGAAGACUGGUUUGUUAUAACUUAUUUUUAAUUUGUUUGUCCUUGAAGAGUAAAAAAACCCAGUAAGAAUGAUUUUUAAAUAUUACGAGCAGUUUUUCCUUUUGAUACAAUAUGUAAACUGGGGUGACAUGCUUUGCUGCCUAUAUUGCCACAUGCAAGAGCCCCUGUAUUGGUUCAAAUAGUACAGUAUGUCUGGAUACAUCAAGAUACAUGUAUUCCUGACACUAUAGGUCUAUAAUAGCUGUCUAGCCCCAUCUUACCUCCUGUUAAAAAGGUGAUUUAUUCAGCAUUUUUCAGCACCACGGCUGGCCUUGACCACACUCCACUCUCUUGGCUGAGAUCAUCAAAUUUGCAGAGGGUGAAGACGCUGAGCAUCAGUGCUGCACACCCAGCACCUCUAGUGGCAGUCUGAGUGACUGCCACUGGAGGUGUCCGUAGGCUGUAAUGUAAACACCGCCUUUUCUCUGAAAAGGCAGUAUUUACAUUAAAAUGCCCGCAGUGAUGUGCUAGAGACACCAGAGCAACUACAUUAAGCUGUAGUCCUGGUGAGUGGUGUGUCCCUUUAACAGUUUGAUCUUUUUAAUCAGGUAGCUUUUACUGUAUGCAGGUUCAAGUGCCUCCAGGCUAGAGUUUCAAAUUUAAUGUACUAUGUAGAGAAUACAUUAAAUAAUGUGCAUGAUAUUCUAUAGAAGUAUUUUUAACAUAUUGCUUUUGUAUUUACUGCUUCUGCAGUGAGUAUUACUCAAAUCACAAAGUGCCUCAGUACGUUAGGAUGCUCACUUAGCUAUAAUAGAUCAACAAUAUUACAAUAAUGUUUUAUUUGGGAUAGAUAUAUAUUUAAAUUGAGUGUUCCUUUAAAGGAACACUAUAGCAUGCUGUAGUUGCUAUGGUGCCAGGACCCAUGGCGACUUCCAGUGAUUAACGGUUAAACCAUCAAUGAAUACUUUGAUACUUGGCUCUCUGUACAAAGCGUCUGUGGUCCUGAGUUGAUCUCAUAUAGAAAUUCCUACUUCCCAUUAUCAUACUAAAUUAGAAUGUUUGGACAGUAGCCACAGGACGCAAGUAUCAUCUGACUUCAGCCAAUGGCUAACAUCCAGACGUAGCAUGAUUUAGUUUGAUAAUGUGUACUAUUAAAUUCUACUUUAUUAGAACAACUCAGACUGGGAGGACCACCGACAGACAGUAUCGUGUCAAACUACUCCUAAAUGGAAGUGCAGCCUAAACAACAAAAUGUGUUGAUUUGGCAACAAGAUUUGUAGUUUGAAAGCUUACUGAUAACCUAUGCUGGAGCCCCCCUCCUCACCCCCCGGCACUGACUCUCACUAUCUGGACUAUAUUUAAAAAGCCAUGUUACAAGGUAAAAUGGGCUUUCACUGAUAGAACAGAAUCUAAGCAUAUCUUUUAUAUUUUGCAAACUGUGAAAUUGUUUCAAACCUUUUGUAGUAUUUGGUACUGGUUUGUUCACAUUAAAAUGUGUUUUUUUUUUUUUCUGUGAAAACAGAGUGUGUGUGAUACUUUUAUCGUCCUUUUCAAAAAGGAGUAUAUUUACUAUGCAGGAAGUUAUGGUCAACUAACAGCUGGAUUGCAAAACGUCGACCAAAACAGAGUUGGGGGGGAAAAGUCAAAGGCCGUGCU